AUGGCAGCCACCACGAAGACGGUCCUCAUCACCGGCAGCACGCGCGGCAUCGGUCUCGCCUUCGCCGAGUUCUACGUGAACGCCGGCUGGAACGUCAUCGGCACGGCUCGGGCGAACAGCAACACCGAUAAGCUUGCUGCCCUCUCGCCCUUCAAGAUCAUCACCCUGGACGCGGGUGACGAGGCGACUGUGCUCGAGGCGGCUCGCCAGUUGGAGGGUGUCCCCAUCGACCUGCUGAUCAACAACGCUGGCGUCGGUCUAUACUCGUCGUUCGAGACGGUCGCCAAGGACGUCAUCAUGAAAUCCAUCGAGGUGAACGCUGUCGGUCCAUUCCUCGUCACCCGCGCGUUUGUGCCAAACCUUAAGCUUGCCGCCAAAGCCGAGAGCCCCGCCACCGUCUUGCAGAUCUCGUCCAUCCUGGGCAGCAUCGCCAGCAACAAGGACGAGUACGCCCAGUUGUUCCGCGGCCAGUACGGCUACACCACGUCCAAGGACACGCUCAACAUGAUCACGCGCUCGCUCGCCAUGGACCUGCGCGAGAGCAACGUCACGGUCGUGACCAUCAACCCCGGAUACGUAUCCACGGACAUGAGCAACCACCAAGGAGUGAUUCAACCCGCCGACUCGGUCAAGGCCAUGGCCGACAUGGUGGCCAAGCUCUCGCUGGAGGACUCAGGCAAGUUCUUGAACGCCGACCCCGCGAUCCCUUCGACGGAGCUCCCGUGGUGA